AUGGAUAGAACACCCAUUAGAGGAACGACUUUCCUAGGCGGUUGUGAUUCCCCUAGUGUUCUAGUGAAACUUUAUGAAGAACACAAAGGGAAAUGCGAAGUACUUGAGGAUGAGCUCACUGAGCUCAUUAAGUGUUUGUUCACAUGGAAAGGAGGCCUGUAUAUUGAAAAGCCCUUGCUUAACGAACAAGACCCCUUGACUAAAUCUUUUGACAUCUAUCAGAAGAUAGUUCGUGAAUACCGCCUUGCUCGCUCCCUUAGAAGAGACACCGAUGUUGCUGAACCACAACAUUCAGGGGGGCCAACCAAGGCGAGACAAGCAAUGCAGCUUCGCGAACUAGACCAACAAAGAGGUCCUACAAGUACUGCCUGCUCAAGCCACAUAUGGAACCACACUUUCAACUUCAUCAAUUCAAUGUCUCUCAAAUGUGCCAUUCAACUUGGAAUUCCGGAUAUCAUCCAUAACCAUGGCCAACCCAUGACCCUAUCUGAUUUAGUGAAGUCCCUCCCUAUUAGCAAUAUCAAUGGUAAAACUCGCAAUUGUAUUUAUCGUCUUAUGCGUAUUCUAUUCCAUGCAGGUUUCUUUGCAGAGAAGAAGGAGGAGGAAAAGGAAGAGGAGGGAUAUUUACUUACUCCAACUUCACGUCUCUUCCUUAAAAAUGAACCUUUGAGUCUAGUCCCAUUUUUGCAAGUUCAACUAGAUCCAAUGAUGAUGGAUCCAUGGCAAUGUCUAGGCAAAUGGUUCAAGAAUGGCGACCACUCAAGUAGUACUACUCCAUUCGGGGCUGUUCAUGGCAAGUCAUUUUUCGAAUAUUCUGUGGAUGAACCGAGGUUCAACCGUUUAUUUAAUGAAUCCAUGUCUUGUGAUGCCGCAUGGGUUACAAGUGUGAUAACUGAAUAUUGUAAGGGAGCUUUUGAAGGAUUGAAAUCAUUGGUAGACAUAGGAGGUGGCACGGGAACCUUGGCUAAAGCAAUUGUGGAUACGUUUCCACAAAUAAGUUGCACUGUAUUUGAUCUGCCACAAGUAAUUGAAGGAUGUGAAGGGAGCAAGAACAUCACUUAUGUGAGUGGAGACAUGUUUAAGUUCAAUCCUUCCGUCGAUGUAAUAUUUCUAAAGGGGAUAUUGCAUGAUUGGAGCGACGAAGAUUGUAUCAAAAUAUUAAAAAAAUGUGAAAAAGCAAUUCCAAUUAAAGAGAAUGGAGCAAGAGUGAUCAUCAUUGACAUGGUACUAAUGGGUCAGAAAGGAGACCACAACGCAUAUGAGACUAAACUUUUCAUGGACGUGCUCAUCAUGGUUCACCCUUUUGGAAAGGAAAGAAGUCAACAAGAAUGGGCAAAACUCUUUUCUGAUUCUGGGUUUAGUGUAUGGCUGUCAAGUGGGCUGGGCCGGGUCAACCCAGAAUCGGCCCGUGUUAUUUAACCAGGUUAAGGGCCGGGUCCGGGUUGGGGUCUAAGUGGGCCGGGCCGAUCUAGGCCCAAUAGUAAAAAAAUUAAAAUCCCACCCU